AUGGCCGUGGACGCCAUGUCCGGCCUCAUCAGCCAGCCCAGCAUGGGCGCCGUCGUCGCCUCGAUGCAUGGCGACCAACUACACACCGGUACGUACGUGGACGCCAUGUCCGGCCUCAUCAGCCAGCCCAGCAUGGGCGCCGUCGUCGCCUCGCUGCAUGGCGACCCCUUACACACCGGUACGUACGUGGACGUGGCCGUGGACACCAUGUCCGGUCUCACCAGCCAGUCCAGCAUGGGCGCCGUCGUCGCCUCGCUGCAUGGCGACCCCUACACACCGGUACGUACGUGGACGCCAUGUCCGGCCUCACCAGCCAACCCAGCAUGGGCGCCGUCGUUGCCUCGCUGCAGGGAGACCCCUUACACACCGGUACGUACGUGGACGUGGCCGUGGACGCCAUGUCCGGCCUCAUCAGCCAGCCCGGCAUGGGCGCCGUCGUCGCCUCGCUGCAUGGCGACCCCUACACACCGGUACGUACGUGGACGCCAUGUCCGGCCUCACCAGCCAACCCAGCAUGGGCGCCGUCGUCGCCUCGCUGCAGGGCGACCCCUUACACACCGGUACGUACGUGGACGUGGCCGUGGACACCAUGUCCGGUCUCACCACCCAGUCCAGCAUGGGCGCCGUCGUCGCCUCGCUGCAUGGCGACCCCUUACACACCGGUACGUACGUGGACGUGGUACCAUGUCCGGCCUCAGCAGCCAGCCCAGCAUGGGUGCCGUCGUCGCCUCGCUGCAUGGCGACCCCUUACACACCGGUACGUACGUGGACGUGGCCGUGGACGCCAUGUCCGGCCUCACCGGCCAGCCCAGCAUGGGCGCCGUCGUCGCCUCGCUGCAUGGCGACCCCUACACACCGGUACGUACGUGGACGCCAUGUCCGGCCUCACCAGCCAGCCCAGCAUGGGCGCCGUCGUCGCCUCGCUGCAGGGGGACCCCUUACACACUGGUACGUACGUGGACAUGGCCGUGGACGCCAUGUCCGGCCUCACCAGCCAGCCCAGCAUGGACGCCGUCGUCGCCUCGCUGCAGGGAGACCCCCUACACACUGGUACGUACGUGGACGUGGCCAUGGACGCCAUGUUCGGCUUCACCAGCCGGCCCAGCUUGGCGCCGUCAUCGCCUCGCGGCAGGGCGACGCCCUACACACUGGUACCUUCAGUUCGCCAUUUUUUUAGUUUUAAUUUAA